UCCGCCAUGAGCUUAUCAUUCCAAGGCAAGCAACCACCUUCCGAAAUCAAAGGAGUAGGGAUAUAUCAGAGAAACUUGCUCUCGAGUCUUGUGACGAUGCGCUCGAAAAGUGUUCCGUAAAUAGAUAGAGACCAGAGAGAGAGCAGUUCCAUAAAAGAUUUGAUUGGAGAGAGAGGGAGGACAGAGAUCCAUGUCGUCAUAUGGAUCAUAGAAGAGAGAGAAACAGGGGAAGGGAUGAGGAGGGGAAGGGAUGAGAAGGAAACAAGGAGCGAGGGGGAGAGGAGCGCUAAAAGCAUUCACGAUAAAUAGACAAGGAGAGGGGACAAGUAUAAAUAGGCGAAGAACGGAAGAGACGAGCAGAGGAGAAACCCGCCAAAGACUCUACCUUUUCCCUACUUGCUCUUGUCCUCUUUAAGCCAGAGACAGAGAAAGAGAGAGACAGAGAGAGAGGCCAACGACACCACCUUUUUAGCUUCCGUUUCUUGAGCUUUCUCUUGAAGCAGAGUGAGUGCGGGAGAGCCGAGAGAUGAGGGAAGGAAGGGGAGAUGGGUUCGUUCGGGCGGACCAGAUCGAUCUCAAGAGCCUGGACGAGCAUCUGGAGAGGCAUCUAAGCCGGGCAUGGACGAUGGAGAAGAAGAAGAAGGGGGAGAGGGAGAGGGAGCGAGAGGAGUGGGAGAUCGACACCUCGAGGCUAGUUAUAAAGGGGGUCAUCGCCCGGGGAGCCUUCGGCACCGUCCACCGUGGGGUCUAUGAUGGCCAGGACGUCGCAGUGAAGUUGCUUAACUGGGCCGAAGGGGGAAAUGGGACAGAAUCUGAAAUUGCUGCACUGCGGGCAGCGUUUACUCAGGAAGUUUCUGUUUGGCAUAAGCUUGAUCAUCCCAACGUAACUAAGUUUAUAGGGGCGAAGAUGGGUGCAAGAGAUCUAACUGUGCAAACAGAAAAUGGUCAACUUGGCAUGCCAACUAGUGAAUGCUGUGUUGUUGUUGAAUAUCUUCCUGGUGGUGCAUUGAAGUCAUAUCUGAUAAGAAAUUCGAGAAAAAAGCUAGACUUUAAAGUUGUUGUCCAGCUGGCUCUUGAUCUUGCACGUGGGUUGAGUUAUCUUCAUUCAAAGAAGAUUGUUCACAGAGAUGUGAAGACAGAGAAUGUGCUUCUUGAUCGGACAAGGACUGUAAAAAUUGCUGAUUUUGGUGUUGCUCGUGUGGAAGCUCAAAACCCUAAUGACAUGACGGGUGAGACAGGAACCCUUGGUUACAUGGCACCAGAGGUGCUCAAUGGCAAUCCUUACAACAGAAAAUGUGAUGUAUAUAGUUUUGGCAUCUGCUUAUGGGAGAUAUACUGUUGUGAUAUGCCCUAUCCAGAUCUCAGCUUCUCAGAGAUUACAUCUGCAGUUGUGCGGCAGAACUUGAGGCCUGAGAUACCACGGUGUUGUCCAAGCUCUUUCGCCAAUGUGAUGAGGAGAUGCUGGGAUGCAAACCCUGACAAGCGACCUGAGAUGGAUGAGGUGGUGGUGAUGUUGGAAGCAAUUGACACAACAAAGGGUGGAGCUAUGAUACCUCUCGGUGAGCCUCAAGGAUGUCUUGGGUGCUUCCGCAGGUACCGCGGCCCUUGAUAAGUCAAAAUUAUCCCGGACUAAUGCUGCCAAGAUGUUUUCAAAAGAACAUAAAGCCCAAAAGAUAGGAACUUGUUUUAAGGAAUUUGAAAACAUGUAGUAGUGCUGAGAUAUAAUGGUCAUACAUCAAUCAAAGAGCUCUCCAUAUUUUUCUCUGUUUAUAGGGCAAUGUAAAGAUCCUCAAUUUCAUCUGUGAUAGGGGACUAGUCAGGUGUUGGAUUAACUGGUCUUCACCUGUCUCUUAGAUGACCCUUAUGUUUAUUUGGUAUAUCUCAUUGUUAUCUCUAUACAUGAAUGCUUGAAAUGUUC